AAAACCCGGAGCCGAGCCGCCUUCGGCCCCUGCGAGGCGGCCACGGCCUCAGCCGGGGGAGCCCUCCCUGAGGCGCGCCGGAGCGGGGAGUAAUCGAGCGAGCGCGCGGGCCGGAGCGAGCCUCUAGGGGCCGCGGCCCCGGCCCGCCCCGCCGUCGGCCUGGGCGUCCGAGCUGGAGGCGGUGGAGGCGCCCCCACCCCCACCCCGCGCCGCGCCGCCGCCCCCUCCCCUCCCAGCGCCGGCGGAGGCUGAGGGACGGGCCGGGGGGCUCCUGCAGGAGGGCUGUUGGCCUGCUGCUGUGCUGCUGAACAGUAUGCAGUCCUUUCGGGAGCAAAGCAGUUACCACGGAAACCAGCAGAGCUACCCACAGGAGGUACACAGCUCAUCCCGUCUAGAAGAGUUCAGCUCUCGUCAGGCCCAGAUGUUCCAGAAUUUUGGGGGAGCAGGUGGUGGUAGUGGUAGCACUGGCAGCAACAGUAGUGGACGGCGAGGAACAGCAGCUGCUGCUGCAGCGAUGGCUAGCGAGACCUCUGGCCAUCAAGGCUACCAGGGGUUCAGGAAAGAAGCUGGAGAUUUUUACUACAUGGCAGGUAACAAAGACCCUGUGGCAGCAGGAACCCCACAGCCUCCUCAGCGAAGGCCUUCUGGUCCUGUGCAGAGCUAUGGCCCUCCCCAGGGGAGCAGCUUUGGCAAUCAGUAUGGGAGCGAGGGUCAUGUGAGCCAAUUUCAAGCACAGCACUCUGCCCUUGGUGGUGUAUCUCAUUAUCAGCAGGAUUACACAGGGCCUUUCUCUCCUGGGAGUGCUCAGUAUCAACAGCAGGCCUCUAGCCAACAACAGCAGCAGCAGCAGCAGCAGCAACAACAGCAACAACAGCAGCAGCAGCAGCAGCAGCAGCAACAACAAGUACAGCAGUUGAGACAACAGCUUUACCAAUCUCAUCAGCCUCUGCCCCAAGCCACUGGACAACCAGCUUCUGGCUCAUCCCAUCUGCAACCAAUGCAGAGGCCGUCAACUCUACCAUCUUCUGCUGGUUAUCAGUUAAGAGUGGGUCAGUUUGGCCAACACUACCAGUCUUCUGCGUCCUCCUCUUCCUCCUCCUCCUUUCCUUCACCACAGCGUUUCAGUCAGUCUGGACAAAGCUAUGAUGGCAGUUACAGUGUGAAUGCUGGAUCUCAGUAUGAAGGACAUAAUGUGGGUUCUAAUGCACAGGCUUAUGGAACACAAUCAAAUUAUAGCUAUCAACCUCAGUCUAUGAAGAAUUUUGAACAGGCAAAGAUUCCACCAGGAACCCAGCAGGGGCAGCAGCAGCAGCAGCAGCAACAGCAACAGCAGCCACAACCUCCUCAACAACAACAGCAGCAGCAGCAGCAGCAACAGCAGCAGCAACAACAUCCUCCCCAGCAUGUGAUGCAGUACACCAAUGCUGCCACCAAGUUGCCCCUGCAAAGCCAGGUGGGGCAGUACAGCCAGCCUGAGGUUCCUGUAAGGUCCCCUAUGCAGUUCCACCAGAACUUCAGCCCUAUUUCUAACCCUUCUCCAGCUGCUUCUGUGGUUCAGUCUCCAAGCUGUAGCUCUACCCCAUCUCCUCUCAUGCAGAGUGGUGAGACUCUCCAGUGUGGGCAAGGCAAUGUGCCCAUGAGUUCCAGAAACCGAAUUUUACAGCUAAUGCCCCAACUCAGUCCAACCCCAUCAAUGAUGCCCAGUCCUAAUUCUCAUGCUGCAGGAUUCAAAGGGUUUGGAUUAGAAGGCGUGCCAGAAAAGCGCCUGACGGAUCCUGGGUUGAGUAGUUUGAGUGCUCUGAGUACUCAAGUGGCCAAUCUUCCUAAUACUGUCCAGCACAUGUUACUUUCUGAUGCCUUGACACCUCAGAAGAAGACUUCCAAGAGGCCAUCAUCAUCAUCUAAGAAAGCCGAUAGCUGUACAAACUCAGAAGGUUCUUCACAGCCUGAAGAACAACUCAAGUCCCCUCUGGCAGAGUCAUUGGAUGGAGGUUGCUCCAGUAGUUCAGAAGAUCAAGCUGAGAGAGUGAGGCAACUGAGUGGCCAGAGCACGAGCUCUGACACCACCUACAAGUGUGGAGCUUCAGAGAAAGCUGGCUCCUCACCAACACAAGGUGCUCAGAACGAGGCCCCUAGGCUCAGUACCAGUCCUGCAACUAGGGAAGAAGCUGCCUCUCCAGGUGCUAAGGACACGCCACUAUCUGAGGGGAACACAAAAGUAAAUGAGAAGACAGUUGGGGUGAUUGUCUCCCGGGAAGCCAUGACAGGUCGGGUAGAAAAAUCUGGUGGACAAGAUAAAGGAUCCCAAGAGGAGGAUCCUGCUGCCAGUCAGAGGCCACCUAGCAAUAGUGGUAUAAAGGAAGCCAGCCACACAUCACUUCCACAGCCAGAUCCUCCAGGAGGAGGGAGCAAAGGAAAUAAGAAUGGUGAUAAUAGUUCUAACCACAAUGGAGAGGGGAAUGGCCAGAGUAGCCACUCAGCAGUAGGCCCAAGUUUCACAGGCAGGACUGAGCCUAGCAAAUCUCCUGGGAGUUUGCGCUACAGUUACAAAGAGAGUUUUGGGUCAGCUGUACCACGAAAUGUCAGUGGUUUUCCUCAGUAUCCUUCAGGACAAGAAAAGGGGGAUUUUGCCAGCCAUGGGGAACGAAAGGGGAGAAAUGAGAAGUUCCCAAGUCUCCUACAGGAAGUGCUUCAGGGUUACCACCACCAUCCUGACAGAAGGUAUCCUAGAAGUGCUCAGGAACAUCAAGGGAUGACUAGUGGCCUAGAAGGAACUGCAAGACCCAACAUCUUAGUCAGUCAAACCAAUGAAUUAGCCAGCAGGGGCCUUCUAAACAAGAGCAUUGGAUCCCUGUUAGAAAAUCCCCACUGGGGACCAUGGGAAAGGAAGUCAAGCAGCACAGCUCCUGAAAUGAAACAGAUCAACUUGUCUGACUAUCCCAUUCCCAGAAAGUUUGAGAUAGAACCUCCAUCAUCAACCCAUGAGCCUGGGGGCUCCCUUUCUGAAAGGAGGUCAGUGAUCUGUGAUAUUUCUCCACUAAGACAGAUUGUCAGGGACCCAGGGGCUCACUCACUGGGACACAUGGGUGCUGAUGCCAGAAUUGGGAGGAAUGAGCGUCUCAACCCAAGUUUAAGUCAAUCAGUCAUUCUUCCGGGGGGGUUGGUGUCCAUGGAAACAAAGCUGAAAUCCCAGAGUGGGCAAAUAAAAGAGGAAGACUUUGAACAAUCUAAAUCUCAAGCUAGUUUCAACAAGAAAUCUGGAGACCACUGCCAUUCUACUAGCAUCAAGCAUGAGUCUUAUCGUGGCAAUGUCAGCCCUGGAGCAGCAGCCCAUGAUUCCAUUUCAGACUAUGGCCCACAAGACAGUAGGUCUACACCAAUGCGGCGGGUUCCUGGUAGAGUUGGUAGCCGGGAGACUAUAAGGGGUCGAACCUCUUCUCAGUACCAUGACUUUGCAGAAAAACUGAAGAUGUCUCCAGGCAGGAGCAGAGGUCCAGGAGACCCUCAUCACAUGAACCCACACAUGACCUUUUCAGAGAGGGCCAACAGGAGUUCUUUACAUGCUCCUUUUUCUCCCAACUCAGAAAGCCUGGCUUCUGCUUACCAUACAAACACCAGGGCUCAUGCUUAUGGGGACCCUAAUACUGGUUUGAAUUCCCAGCUCCAUUAUAAGAGACAGAUGUACCAACAGCAACAAGAGGAAUAUAAGGAUUGGACCAGCAGUUCUGCUCAGGGAGUGAUUGCUGCUGCACAGCAUAGGCAAGAAGGGCCACGGAAGAGCCCACGGCAGCAGCAGUUUCUUGACAGAGUACGGAGCCCCCUGAAAAAUGACAAAGAUGGUAUGAUGUAUGGCCCACCAGUAGGGACAUACCAUGACCCAAGCACUCAGGAAGCUGGGCGCUGUCUCCUGUCUAGUGAUGGUCUGCCUACUAAAGGCAUGGAAUUGAAGCACAGCUCUCAAAAGUUACAAGAGUCAUGUUGGGAUCUUUCUCGGCAGACUUCUCCAGCCAAAAGCAGUGGUCCUCCAGGAAUGUCUAAUCAGAAACGGUAUGGGCCACCCCAUGAGACAGAUGGACAUAUACUAACUGAAUCUACACAGUCAUCCAAACCUAGUAACGUAAUGCUACGGCUUCCAGGUCAAGAGGAUCAUUCUUCUCAAAAUCCUUUAAUCAUGCGGAGGCGGGUCCGUUCUUUUAUCUCCCCUAUUCCCAGUAAGAGACAGUCACAAGAUGUAAAAAACAGUAACACUGAUGAUAAAGGGCGCCUCCUUCACCCAUCAAAAGAAGGUGCUGAUAAGGCAUACAAUUCCUACACCCAUCUUUCUCACAGUCAGGAUAUCAAGUCUAUCCCUAAGAGAGAUGCCUCCAAGGACCUUCCAAACCCAGACAAUAGAAACUGUCCUGCUGUUACCCUCACGAGCCCUGCUAAGACCAAAAUACUGCCCCCACGGAAGGGACGGGGAUUGAAAUUGGAAGCUAUAGUUCAGAAGAUCACAUCCCCAAAUAUUAGGAGGAGUGCAUCCACAAAUAGUGCUGAGGCGGGAGGAGAUACAGUCACGCUGGAUGAUAUACUGUCUCUGAAGAGUGGUCCUCCUGAAGGUGGGACUGUGGCUACUCAGGAGGCUGAGAUGGAGAAGAGAAAAGGUGAGGUGGGAUCUGACCUAGUCAGUGCAACUAGCCAGGAAUCGAAUACUGAGAAACCUCUUCCAGGGCCCUCUGAAGAGUGGCGUAGCAGUGAGGAUGACAAAGUCAAGACAGAGGCACAUGCAGAAACAGCUCCUACUGGAAAGGAACCUUCUGGUACUAUGACGUCCACAGCUUCACAGAAGCCUGGUGGUAACCAAGGGAGACCAGAUGGUUCCCUGGGUGGGGCAGCACCACUAAUCUUCCCUGACUCAAAGAAUGUAGCUCCAGUGGGCAUAUUGGCCCCUGAGGCAAACCCCAAGACUGAGGAGAAAGAGAAUGAAACAGUCAUGAUUUCACCCAAACAAGAAAGUUUCCCCCCAAAAGGAUAUUUCCCAUCAGGAAAGAAAAAGGGGAGACCCAUCGGUAGUGUGAAUAAGCAAAAGAAACAGCAGCAGCCACCACCUCCACCCCCUCAACCCCCUCAGAUACCAGAAGGUUCUGCAGAUGGAGAGCCAAAGCCAAAAAAGCAGAGGCAAAGGAGGGAGAGAAGGAAGCCUGGGGCCCAGCCAAGGAAGCGGAAAACCAAACAAGCAGUUCCCAUCGUAGAACCUCAAGAACCAGAGAUCAAGCUAAAGUAUGCUACCCAGCCACUAGAUAAAACUGAUGCCAAGAACAAAUCUUUUUUCCCCUACAUCCAUGUAGUAAAUAAGUGUGAGCUUGGAGCUGUUUGUACAAUCAUCAAUGCUGAAGAAGAAGAACAGACCAAACUGGUGAGGAGUCGGAAGGGUCAGCGAUCUCUGACCCCUCCCCCCAGCAGCACAGAAAGCAAGGUGCUCCCAGCUUCAUCCUUUAUGCUGCAGGGACCUGUGGUAACAGAAUCUUCUGUUAUGGGGCAUCUUGUUUGUUGUCUCUGUGGCAAGUGGGCCAGUUACCGGAACAUGGGUGACCUCUUUGGACCCUUUUAUCCCCAAGAUUAUGCAGCCACUCUUCCGAAGAAUCCACCUCCUAAGAGGUCCACAGAAAUGCAGAGCAAGGUCAAGGUUCGGCACAAAAGCGCUUCUAAUGGUUCUAAAACAGACACUGAGGAGGAGGAAGAGCAGCAGCAGCAGAAGGAGCAGAGGAGCCUGGCUGCUCAUCCUAGGUUCAAGCGGCGCCACCGCUCAGAAGACUGUGGUGGAGGCCCUCGGUCCCUGUCCAGAGGGCUCCCUUGUAAAAAAGCAGCCACUGAGGGCAGCAGUGAAAAGGCUGUCUUGGACACAAAGCCCUCUGUCCCUACCACUUCAGAAGGUGGUCCUGAGCUGGAGUUACAAAUCCCUGAACUACCUCUCGACAGCAAUGAAUUUUGGGUCCAUGAGGGUUGUAUUCUCUGGGCCAAUGGAAUCUACCUGGUCUGUGGCAGGCUCUAUGGCCUACAGGAAGCACUGGAAAUCGCCAGAGAGAUGAAAUGCUCCCACUGCCAGGAGGCCGGCGCUACCUUGGGCUGCUACAACAAAGGCUGCUCCUUCCGAUACCAUUACCCGUGUGCCAUUGACGCAGAGUGUUUGCUGCAUGAGGAGAACUUCUCGGUGAGGUGCCCCAAGCACAAGCCUCCCCUUCCGUGCCCUCUCCCCCCCUUGCAGAACAAGACCGCGAAAGGCAGCCUCAGCACAGAGCAGUCGGAGCGGGGGUGAGGGGGGCAGUGUGCACGUGGGAAUGGACAGCAAGCACAGGUGAGACUGUGGAGAUGAGAAGGUGGUGGACACACAUGAUGGAAUGGAAUCCUCCUGCUGUGCAACCACACCCUGCCCUGCCCUGCCCUGCACCCCACUGCGCCUGCCCAUGCCAGCACUUCCUUCCUAUGUUCUCACAUCACACUCAAACUGGUGACACCACAGGAAAGAAAGACACAAGAUGUUGGAAUGGCUGUUUCCAUGGACACAAUCUCCAUAGUGACAAUAUGGGGGAGGGGGGAGGGGUGGGCUGAUGGGGAAGGGGGGGUCAAAAGGGAGGGAUAAAAAAAUAUAUAUAUAUAAAUCUAUUUUUAGUCUGGAAAGACUUUGUUUAAAUGAAAGGUGCGCUAUCCCUUUUGAUUCUAUUUUAAAAUUAUCUAGUUAACUCAAAAUUUGUUCCAAUGACAAAUUUAAAUGUGAAAUUGAACUGAACAAACUCAUCUCAUAAAGGAUGGGGUGUGGCUUUGAUCUUUAGCCUGUCUCACAACAAUUCAGUGAACACUAGACCCAGAACUGAAAGAACAGACAAAUAACAGCCACCUUCCUCUGUCAGUCUGUCUCACAGGGGAAGUUUGUGGGGGAGGGCAGAAUGGGGAUGGUCAUUUUCAAAAGUGGGGGAAUGAUGUUUAAACAUAAAAAUAAAUUUUUUCCUUUCCAGAAACACUAUUUAUUUAUUUUUAAUUUUUCUUUUUUGGGGGGCUGGUGGUGGAAUUGGUAGAUGCCCCAAGGUCAUGGCUGUGUCCUGGAUCACUGUGGUCCCACCAAGUAGGUAGAGUAGCCCCACAGCAACAGGUAUACUUAAGGAAUGGCUUACCUCUGGCGCCCUCUUUCCUGGACACAUUCCAUGUAGCCGGGACCCCUGGGGACCCACAGGAUCCAUGGAACCCACAGAGGCCCAGGCCUCUGCUGCUGAAACAGGCCAGGUCGGGGAGAGAACGUGUGAACCAUGUAGGUGGGUGAAGCUAACCAGAACCACCCGCUUUAACGCUUUAUUGCUUUCUUUCAUUUUUAUAAUGGAAAAAGGGGCUUGUCAGAUGUGUGGCCCCAUGCUACAUGAAUCUUUAUGUUGUAUUGUUUUGUUUUGUAAAUUGUAUAAUUUUUAAAUAUAUGAGUUUUAAAAAAAGAAAAAAGUACAAAAAAAAUCUUGUUAAGGCCUUAAGAAGGGAUAUGUGCAUCUUUCAGGGGUCACUCUGCCAUGGGGAUAAAAUAGCUGUUUUACAAACAGUUUUAUUUAAAAAAACAAAAAUCAAAAAAAUCAAAAAAAAAUCAAAAACAUAAUAAACUUCAUUUUAACCUUG